AUGGAUCAGUCAAACAAAACCCACCGAAAGCCAAAAGAGAAGAAGAAGUUCACUAGAGAGAAAGGGCAGAAUCCGAAGGCUUUUGCAUUUGCGAAUCCCGGGAAGCUUCAAAAACAAGCGACAAGAUCCCAUGAUGUCAAAGAGAAGCGUCUUCACGUGCCCAUGGUGGAUCGCCUCCCCGAGGAAGCACCACCAUUAAUAGUCGCUGUCGUCGGUCCCCCGGGGACCGGGAAAACCACUCUAAUUAAAUCCCUCGUAAAACGCUACACCAAACAUUCGUUGACAGCAAUCCAAGGGCCAAUAACAGUUGUAUCAAGCAAGAAGCGCCGCCUGACAUUCUUAGAGUGCGACAACUCCCUGACUUCAAUGAUUGAUAUCUCUAAGAUCGCCGACAUUGUAUUACUUUUGAUUGACGGGAAUUUCGGAUUUGAAAUGGAGACCAUGGAAUUCCUCAAUAUCAUGGCCACUCAUGGUCUGCCCUCAAAUAUCUUUGGGAUCCUUACUCAUUUGGAUCUCUUCAAAUCCCAAUCUGUUCUCCGGACCACAAAAAAAAGAUUGAAGCAUCGUUUUUGGUCGGAGCUCUACCAGGGAGCAAAAUUAUUCUACCUAUCUGGAGUCAUCAAUGGACGAUAUCCUGAUCGUGAAAUUCACAAUCUAAGUAGAUUUAUCUCUGUCAUGAAAAACCCUAGACCUCUGGUCUGGAGAAACUCCCAUUAUUACCUCUUGGCGGAUCGUAUGGUCGACUUGACAGAUCCGGUUGCUAUAGAAGAGAACCAUAAGACAGAUAGGACUGUCGCUUUGUAUGGCUAUGUUAGAGGCCUCAAUAUUCCAGCAGAUGGUGGAAGAGUGCAUAUCCCCGGUGUGGGGGAUUUGUCGAUUGCUAGUGUUGAGGCACUUCCGGAUCCAUGCCCUACUCCAGCUAGAGCACAGGCCGAAGGCAAGAGCAGGAGGAGAUUAGGCGAAAAACAAAAACUAAUAUACGCCCCGAUGAGUGACGUCGGUGGUGUUUUGGUUGAUAAGGAUGCUGUUUACAUCAAUGUUCCAUCUCAGAACUUUGAAGAGGGUGCAGAGGGCCAAGGUGUGGGCGAGAGAUUGGUCGUAGGGCUACAAAAAGGGAAAAAGGGAGAGGCAGAAGGUGUAAGACUGUUCUCUAACGGUGAAAUGAUAAAAAAGGUCCAAGAUGACGACGAAGACGUUGGAAACGUUGGGAGAAAGCAUAUAAGGAAGGGAAGAGCAUUGGACAAGCAACCUAACGAAAACGAUACUGUGGAACUAGAGGAUGACGAUGAAGAGGAAGAAAAUGAGGAAUUCUUCGGAGACGAAGACGCAAGCGACGAUGACCGGGCCACAGCAGUAUCAUUAAAGCCCGGAAGAGCCCUCCAAGACAAUAUCACUAAGUUUGGGAGCGGCACUGACGACGUCGCAUUUGCUGAUAGUGAUUCCGACCUAGGAUCACUGUCUGACGUCUCUGAAAGGUCUCUCGAUGAUGGCGAAUUGCCAUCAGAUGCAGAAGUAGCAGAAAGCGACGAUGAAGACGUACCACAGUGGAAAUCAAAUCUCGCUGAUAACGCAAAGAAAAUGUGGUCAAACAAUCCUAAUGGCCGGACGACAAGCUUGAGCAGGCUACUCUACGAUGAGACUCUUACACCUAAUCAAGUUAUUCAGAAAUGGCGGGGCGAUGUUGUAGAAGCCAGUGAACAAUCUGCUGAAUCCCAAGGAAGUGAUGAAGAGGAUUUCUUCAAAAAGGUCGAAAAUGAGGAUGACGACGAUGAGGUUAAUACUCAGAAGGGUAAAAAGACCAAGAAAAUCCUGGACAGGAGCAUGCCGAUGUAUGACUUUGAGAAAUUGGAGAAGUACUGGAGCGAGGAAGCAGCUCUGGAAGAUCUCCGGAGCAGAUUUAUUACCGCGAAUCUAUUGGAUGAAAAAGAAGGAGGUGGGGGAGGCGAAUUCGAGGGCAUUGCAGAUGAUGACGAUGACGAAGGAGAUGGUGUCUUUGAGGAUUUGGAAACUGGCGAGAAACACGGAGGGGAUCAUGAAGGAGAUGACGAAGAUGACGAAGAUGACGAUGAAGGAGAUGAUGAGGACAGCUCAGAGGGGGAGGAAAGUGGGGGGGAUAAUGAAGAACUUUCUCUGGAAGAGGAGCGUGAAAAGAAUGCGCGCAAGAAAGAGGAACUCAAACUACGGUUCGAAGAAGAGGAUCGUGAAGGGAUCAAUAACGACAAGACCGGCACACGAGACGACGAUGAAGAAGGAUUUGGUGAAGAUGACUGGUACGAUGCCCAAAAAGCCAAGAUUGCCAAACAAUUAGCCGUUAAUAAAGCCGAAUUUGAACAACUGGACGAUGGCACUCGAGUGCGAGUAGAGGGUUACCGAGCAGGUACUUACGCCAGAGUGGUUCUCAGCAAUGUCCCGCACGAGUUUGUAACGAACUUCGACCCCAUAUACCCAAUUCUCAUCGGUGGAUUGACGCCCACCGAAGAUCGAUUCGGGUUCUUACAAGUUCGGAUCAAAAGACAUAGAUGGCAUAAGAAAAUUUUGAAAACGAACGAUCCCCUGAUUUUCUCAUUGGGUUGGCGUCGUUUCCAGAGUAUACCGGUCUAUUCUACUUCAGAUUCAAGAACCAGGAAUCGAAUGUUGAAGUACACUCCAGAACACAUGCACUGUUUUGGUACUUUUUACGGCCCUCUUAUCGCACCAAAUACUGGUUUCUGCGCGGUUCAAAGUCUUUCGUCGAAAACCCCCGGUUUCCGCGUCUCAGCUACUGGUGUCGUUCUAAACGUAGACCAGUCCACUGAAAUCGUCAAAAAGCUUAAGCUUACAGGUAUCCCAUAUAAAAUAUGGAAAAACACGUCUUUCAUCAAGGACAUGUUUACUUCAUCCCUGGAAGUUGCCAAGUUUGAAGGUGCCGCAAUUAGGACAGUCUCUGGAAUUCGUGGCCAAAUUAAGAGAGCACUUGCAAAACCAGAUGGUCAUUUCAGAGCCACUUUUGAGGACAAAAUUCUCAUGAGUGAUAUUGUCUUCUUGAGAGCCUGGUAUCCUGUCAAACCUAGGAAAUUCUACAACCCUGUCACGAAUCUAUUACUGGAAGGGAAAGGCGAAGAAGCAAAGUUAUGGCAGGGUAUGAGAUUGACUGGAGAGCUGAGGAGAGAUAUGGCAAUCGCAACACCAAACCUUCCAAAUUCUGCGUACAGAAAAAUUGAGCGCCCGAAGAGGAACUUCAACCCUCUCCGUGUACCGAGAGCAGUUCAGAAAGAUCUUCCUUUCGCCUCCCAGAUUGCUCAGAUGAAGCCGCGGAAGAAAGAGACAUAUGCGAGCAAGCGUGCGGUUGUGUUAGGCGGUGAAGAGAAACGUGCCAGGGAUUUAAUGCAGAAGAUCUCUACCAUGAAGAAUGAAAAGGAAGCGAAGCGCAGGGAGGCAAAAGAGGCCAAAAGGGAUAUUUACCGAAAAAAGGUGGCUGAAAACUUGGAGAUGAAAGCCGCAAGAGAGAAAAAAGAAAAGGAUGAAUAUUGGGCAAAGGAGGGCAAAAAGAGAAGACACAGUGAGGUUGGGGGCGGCCGAGGCGGUCGAGGCGGCAGCAGAGGUGGGUCAAAGAGGAGCAAGAGGGAAGCGGAUGAUUAA